AUGAAACAAAAUUUUAUUUCUGCAUUCUUUUUAUUGGCCACGCUUUUAUUGUCACAUGCUGCUCCGUAUCAACUUGAUAAAAGAACUACUUCAUUUGGUCCAUGCCCAGUUGACCCCCCUGUAACCUUAUUAACCGUAAACAACAUUUCACCUGAUCCUUUCGUAAAAGGACAAGUUGUUGCAGUUAACUUUACCGGAACAUCGCCUGUUGAUAUUCACGCAAAUAAAGGCAUAAAUCUUCAGCUAACAUUUCUUGAUAGUGAUCAAUCUCCAGUUGUUGAACCCUCUGUUUUGGACUUUUGUACUAUUACUGGAAUUACGUGUCCGUUGUUAAAUGGAACAGAAUUUAGUUCAAAGGUAGCAGUUACAGUACCGGAUAUAGAUAAUAUAUACAUGGUUGUUAGUAUUGUAGAUGUGCCUAACGUCUCAUACAUAGCCUGUGCAUGGAAUGGCCCUUCCUCAUCCUAA